UGAAUCCAGAACUGAACGGAAGACAUUCGCAGUUCAGGUUGAAUCACAAGCCGAUUGAUUACCAGUGGCUGUGCAUCGGCUACCUGCCUCAACCAACCACGUCGUUCUUCCAGUCAUUCCAAUCGUGCUACACUCAUGUCCGAUUCCAUACCAUCUUCUACGUCGUCAAUCGCCGAUUCUGGUCUCAUUUUUUCUUAUGCUGGACUGCUUCUCUCCGCAAGUGCAACUAUCUACGUGGGCGCACAUGCAUCGCUGCCGUCACCUCGGAAACACAAAGGCAGCUCGCAGGACAUUGACCACGACCAAGAGGACGAUGGAGGGGAUGAAGAGGAAUCGGAAGAGCGUUUGUCUUCUGCCGACGCGUGGCUGUUUCCCAUCAUGGGAUCUUGUGUACUCGUUGGACUAUAUCUCGUGAUCAAGCAUUGGUGCCGUGUGGAAAGUCAAUGCUCAAAACACUCGAGCGACACGUUCACUCAACUCUAUUCCCAGUCAUACGUAGGCCUCCUGCGCUGGACUGUAGGGGAAGCCCGAUGGAGAUCAUAUCCAGAAUUAGCCGUCGUGUUCAAGCAGCGACAAGUGCUGUCCGCUUCGCAGACGGAACCCAGCUCACAAUUCUCCUCGGGUUCCGCAUCACCAGUCCAUGCUCCUGUGAAAACCAAAAGCCAGUUCUCAGUCUCCCCGCUGCUCACGUUCAAAGUUCCCUCUUUACUAUUGCUUCCGUUCUCGGCCGCUCCUUCGCUUCUGUACAUCCUGCGUCCGGACCGGACCGCUCUGCUAACCAACCUGCUCGGGAUCGCCUUCGCACAGAACGCCAUUGCAUUGCUCAAGCUCGACGGCUUCCGCACGGGGUGCAUCCUGCUCAGCGCCUUGUUUUUUUACGAUAUCUGGUGGGUUUUCGGGACGCGUGUGAUGGUCGAGGUGGCGACGAAUCUAGACGUUCCGAUCAAGUUGAUCAUGCCCAAAGCUGCCCAAGGAGGAUACACCAUGCUUGGGCUCGGUGAUAUCGUGAUCCCAGGUGUUUUCAUCGCGCUGUGUUUACGAUUCGAUCAUCAUCGCGCCGAACGGCCAGUUUCAUCGACAUUCAGCAGGCCGUAUUUCUUGGCGAACCUGUUUGCCUAUAUCAGUGGGCUGGUGACUACGAUGAUUGUGAUGCACGCAUUUGGCAAAGCACAGCCAGCGCUCUUAUAUCUCAGUCCAGCAUGCAUCGGCGCAUUCCUUCUCACUGCUGCCUUCCGAAACGAACUCAGUGUUGCUUGGAAAUGGGAAGAUAAAAGCACGUCCGAUCUGGCAGAGGAGCUGGAAGAGAAAAACAAAUGAGCAGGCCUGAAAACUUGACCAUGCACCUACAUAGAAAUGUCUAUGUUACCACCUCUGCUAUAUCUAUUUGCUGCAAUGUACAAAUCACGAUUCAAGAACUUGUUGUACAAAUAUGGGCUUCGUCAAUGGCAUCACGUGGGCGUGUUCAGAUCAGGUGACUCGAUUCUCUCGGUCGGG